CAAUUGUGUUUGUGUUAAGACAACUUAGCCACACAUCCUGCUUAUAAAACCACCACAGGAUUCACUGACAACACACUCAUUCACACUCUCACACAGUCUCAUUCUAUUACAUAUACUCUUACACAGUCAGUCUCUUACACUUAUACACACUCUCCCGCACUUUCACGUACAGUAACACACAUACCUACACAUAUUAAGACAAACCAAUGCACACACACCCACUCACAUACAUUAAGAGACACACAGAAAUAUAGUUAAACAUAAACAGUUAAUCACUAUCGGACAUUUUCCCAUUCUUAUGAAGAAAUACUGAUUGAUUUCCAGAUAUAGAAAGAAAAAAUCGCUCAAACAUGUUGAAGUUAGUGUUUAGUCUACUUUUGAUUAUUAAAACAAUGCAUAGUUUCACAUCAGGGACAAUAACCUCUGGAGCAAAUUCAUCUAUUUCACCUUUGGAAACAGACGAACCAGCUGAAACAGCUGAACCAGUUGAAACAGUUAAACCAGUUGCAGCAGCUAAACUAGUUCAAACGACUGAACCAGUUCACACAACCGAACCAGUACAAACAGUUGAACCAGUUCAAACAGUUGAACCAGUUCAAACAGUUGAACCAGUUCAAACAGUUGAACCAGUUCAAACAGUUGGACCAAGUAAAAUAAUUAAACUAUCUCAAACAGCUGAACCAGUUGAAAAAACCUCCAUAAGUCAACAAACUUCAUCAGAAGUCGAAGAUAAGCAGAUCAGUACAAGUCCAAGUGAAUCAGAAGUGAUAUCAACGACAUCUAAACAAAGUAGCAUUUAUCUAUAUAAAGUAACUUCUGAGCCAGUAGUUGUAUCUGUUUCAGUCAAAGAAAAUUCGACAUAUCAACCAACAAUCGAAUUAACAACGAUGUCUCUGAAAAAUACCAAAGCUGAGUUCAGUGGAAGUACAGGUAUAUCUGACACGGUGUAUGCGAAUGAAACCACGUUUCCAUCAGGAACACAAUGGUUCGGGGCAUUCAUGGAUAACAAAAUUCACCCGACCUCAGAAUAUUUUUCAAGUACAAUUGAAGAAACUUUUGAUGAAAACAUUAGUAAUUAUAUGAAUUCAGAAACAUCAGACUUUUGCAAGGUUCAUAUGAAAUGUGGAAGCUGUAUUUCGGCAUCACCCUCUUGUUAUUGGUGCUCCCAGCAGGAAUUUGAUGAUGUUAAUCAUGCUCGUUGCGAUGUUAGACGUCGUCUGGUUGAGAAUCGAUGUCUAAGCAGUAGUAUAAUCCGACCAAAAGGAUAUUUCAUGAUUAAAGAGGAUGAAGAUCUUCGGGCGUAUAGCGAUAAAUUACAAGCUGUACAAUUAAAACCACAGAAAUUAUUUAUGAAGUUGGUUCUAGGAGAAAACCAGAAUUUCCCGUUUGAACUCCGAAUGUCAACUGAUUAUCCGCUGGAUGUUUACUUUGUCAUGGAUUGCUCAGUUACAAUGAAAGGUCACCGCAAAAACUUGGCUAGUGUCACGCAAGAAUUAGCUAAAAGUCUGGGAAAAAUUUCGAAAAAUUUCCUUGUUGGAUUCGGAACAUUUGUUGACAGAGCCGAGUUACCUUUUACCCAUGACAGAUUGUUAAACAUAUCUACUUUAUUCACCAAUCGCGUGAGUCUCACCACAAACAUAACAUUACUUCAGACUGAAAUGAAUAAAGAUAUAAUUGGUCGAAGUGAAGAUGAACCGGAAGCUGGUCUAGAUGCAGUUCUGCAAGCUAUUUUGUGUCGUGAUAUCAUUGGUUGGCGGAAAUAUUCUCGAAAACUGCUCUUACUUUUCUCUGAUGCAUUCGUUCAUUUUGCUGGAGAUGGAAAGGUGGCUGGUCUUGUGAUUCCCAACGAUGAAAAAUGUCAUUUGAAUGAAGCUGGAAACUACGUAAGGAAUCAUAUGGAUUUUGUCUCAAUAUCUCAGCUCAACCGGCAUAUCAUGAGGGAGAAAGUAAAUGUUAUAUUUGCCGUGACAGAAGAAAUCGCACCAAAAUAUCGUGUUUUAGAGAAAAUGCUUGAUGGUUCCGAAGUUGGUAUAUUUAACUCCGAUGGUAAUAUUAUCAAUCUUAUCCAAAAUGUUUAUGAUAAAGUAACAUCUGAAAUAGAAUUCAAGAUCUUUGCUCCAGAAUAUAUUGAAGUCAACUUUAAUUCAUCUUGUGGAGGGAAUGUUGUGAAACAGACGAAAUCUUGUACUGGCCUGGAGCGUGGAAAAAGUGUCAAAUUUGAACUGUCAGUCAGAUUACUGAGAUGUCCAGUUGGAGAAGAACUUUUACACAAAAAGCAGAUAAUGAUUUUUGCUGUUGGUAUUCCCGAUAAUAUCAUAAUUGAUUACGAAUUGGCUUGUCAAUGUGACUGUGAAUUACCGAUUAAAAAGGAAGUAAACAGCUUAAAGUGUAGCGGUGGUCGAGGCGACUUUUCAUGUGGUCUUUGUGAAUGUACUGAGAAAAGUUACGGUAAAAAAUGUGAAUGUAACCGUAGUAGUGCAUCCGAAAAUAUUUAUGAUAAAUGUAUCAAAGAUAAUACGACGAAGACAUGUUCAGGAAGAGGUUCAUGUGUUUGUGGAGUUUGUGAAUGUCAUCCCAGAGAAAUGAAUAAAACAUGGUCAGGAAGAUUUUGUGAAUAUGACGACUUCUCUUGCUUUCGAACAAAGGGACUUUUGUGUGGAGGUCCGAGUCGGGGUCAAUGUAAACGUGGUAUAUGUAACUGUAAUGCUAAUUACACAGGGGAUGCUUGUGAAUGCCCUGUUUCAAAAGAACUCUGUAUUGCUUCCAACGGGAUAGAAUGCAAUGGUAAAGGGAUAUGUAAAUGUGGGCGAUGUGAUUGCCAAUAUGAUAAUCGGUUUGUUGGUCAGACUUGUGAAGAAUGUCCUUCAUGCCAAGGUCGCUGUCUAGACAUGAAAGAGUGUGCUUUGUGUGUUGGCUUCAAGAAUGGGAACUAUUCCGAAGAUAAAUGUAAGACAAUUUGUGAAAAUGCAGAAAUUGUUGACGAGGUAAAACCUGGAAUACCCGGAGAAGAGUUUUGUAGAUACCCAGCUAACAUUAACUGCGAGAUAUAUUUCUCAUACUAUUUUAAAGGGCAAUAUCAACUUCUGAAAGUUCAGAAAAACAAAGUGUGCCUACCAGAAGUGGAUCACCUUUUUAUCGUAUUGGCAGUGUUAGGUGGCAUUUUAUUUGUGGCGGUAGUCACAAUCUUUGUAUGGCGUUGUUUGUACCCGGCUGCUUUAUAUAAUAUUGCAUACAAACACAUAAGGAUAACAAAUGCUAUUCUAUCCAUGCACCAGAAGCCAGAAAAUACCAAACGCAUAUCCGUGUAUGUCAAUCCCCGCUACACACCACGUAUGGAUGAUUGUGUUGCUAUUGUACCCUUCUCAGAAUUCUCUGACAGCGGUUGAACAAUUUGUUCGAAACCUCAUUGAUAGCAUUACUUUCAUUCUCAUUGACCAGGGAAGAGACAUGCAACUAUAGAGUAUUAUAACACUUAAGGGUCAAAAUUGUGUUAUAGUUUUAAGCAUGAUAUCUUUUCUGCAAAUGAUAUCAAAUUCCAAUUAUAUUAUAUAAACUUUCCCCAAAGUAUUAUUAGUUAAUAAACUUUGUUUAUUGAAAAUA